AUGUCUGAUAAUCCUAUCCCAUACACUAGCACUUACUCAACCUCUUAUAACCCAUAUUCCACAAGGGGUAGUGAGAGAACACUUUCUAACUCUUCAAUAAUUACAUCAAAAUAUCCUGAACCUCAAAACUAUGUCUAUAACUAUGGAAAACCUGCAGAAGUAUUGCCUCCUUCAUCUACACAAUUUCCUUGUGUUUAUCAUAUUCCUACGUACAGAGAAGUACCUCCAUUAUUCUACCAACUACCAAAUUAUCAUGAAAGAAGCCGUUCAAGGAGUAGGGGAAGAAAUUACUCAGAUAGAAGACGACAUAGCUCACAUAGCAGAAGAAAUUCACGUAGAAGAAACAGGAGUCACAAAAGUCGUAGUAGAAGUCAUGAACGACUUCGUGAUAGAUCUCGUGAAAGAUCACGGGAUAGAAGACAUUGA